UUUCAAUUAAUUUUGUUGCCAAUCUGAUUAAGCCAAGCAAUUUUUUUUUUCUCAUUUUUGAAGAGAUACACGGCAGCCCGCUCCUACCUCCACUUGUUCACUGCGCCAAGUUGCCUUCCCUGCCAGUGGCCGCCGCCGUUCGCAAGCCGCAUAGCGGGAGCGGUAGCCAUACCGGUCGCGAUACGAAAGAGUAACCGCUUCGUCCUGUGCUCCUUUUCGUGGAAGGCCCGCGUAACCACUUCGCCGCGUUUCCGCUCCUCCGCGUAGCCACUUCACCGCGUAACCAUGGCGUACCACCUGGGUGCCCCCUUCCCCAACUUCACCGCCAGCGCCUCCAGCGUGGAGGGCCCCUUCGACCUGUACGAGUACGUGGGAGACAUGUGGUGCAUCCUGUUCAGCCACCCACACGACUUCACCCCCGUGUGCACCACAGAAAUGGCAGAAUUCGGAAACAUGCACGAGGAGUUUCUCAAGACAAACUGCAAGUUGGUCGGCUUCAGCUGCAACUCCAAGGAGUCCCACGAAAAGUGGAUCGAAGACAUCAAACACUAUGGGAAGCUCAGCCAGUGGAAGAUCCCCAUUGUAUGUGACGAAUCUAGGGAACUAGCCAACAAGCUAAAAAUAAUGGACGAGAAGGAAAAGGAUAUUAAAGGGUUGCCACUCACAUGCAGAUGCGUUUUCUUUAUUUCUCCUGAAAAAACUGUAAAGGCAACAGUGCUCUACCCCGCAACCACCGGGAGGAAUGCCAGCGAGAUUUUGCGAGUCCUUAAAUCGCUGCAGUUGACGAGCGAACAGCCCGUGGCCACCCCCGUGAAUUGGAAAGUGGGAGACAAGUGCUGCGUCCUCCCCACCGUGGCGGAUGCAGAUUUGCCUGCCCUCUUCCCCAAGGGGGUGCAGAAGAUGCAGCUACCCUCGGAGAAGCCCUACCUGCGCUUCGCCUCGCUUUGAGGAGCGGCUAGUGCACUCCACUCUCGAGGUUUCCGCGGGCCCACUCACAGACGCAUCGAAUGCAUUUUUGAACGGCAUACCUUGGCCACCCCCACGAAGUACUCAUAACGAAUUGUCAUGCGAGACGCACCUGUCACAGGUGGGGUUAUUUCCCAUCGGGGG